AUGGCACAGCCUACACCAAGCGAAGCCCCUCGCUAUGCAUCGGCCCCUUUCGAUGAUCCAACCGCGGACCUCAUCCUACGCACCAGCGACCUCGUCGACUUUCGCGUCUUCCGCGUCAUCCUACGCCUCGCGUCGCCCGUCUUCGCUUCCAUGCUCGAGGUCGGUCAAGCGCCGCCCGUUGCCGCUGACGGGUCUCAAACGGGGAGCGACGACUUGCGGGACGGAUGUCCAGUCGUUCCAGUCCAGGAGGACAGCACUACGCUGGACUCUCUCCUCCGGAUCAUCUAUCCGACGAAAGAUCCCGCCUUCGGUGGUCUCCUGAGCCUUCAUCCCGUUGUCGCUGCCGCCUUGAAGUACGAGAUGGAGGAGGCAGUCAUGUUGGGCAGUGCGACUCUCCUGUUGUUCGUGCCGAAGGAGCCACUCAGUGUCUGGGCCAUCGCGGUCCGUAACGGACUCGAAACGGAAGCCCGGGCUGCAGCGGAGGAGAUGAAUCGUCAGGGACUUUCAGUAUUGGACGCCUUCCCGGCCGAAAUGCAGGAUAUCACUGCUGGAGCGUACUAUCGUCUCCUGCAAUACCGGCGUUUGGAAGGCAAGGUUGAAGAUACCUUCGAAUUUCGCUUCCCUCCCGUCCUCUCUCCAUCACCUCCACUGUCUCCACUAGCAUCUGUCGUCUCGCCUCAAAGUCGCGUCCAGACGUUCACGGAUGUCAUAUGCCGCUCGUCAGAUAUGCGCGAAUUCCCAGCGCACAGGGCGUUCCUCGCAUUUGCAUCCCCUGUCAUGGCCGCGAUGCUUACGAGCCUACCCGCCGCAUCUCAGGCAUGUGAUGUCCCAGUUUUAACCUUUGAGGAGGAUGGUAUUACGUUGAAGGCCCUUAUCGACCUAUGUCGCCCUAUUGCCGAUCGGGACGCGAGGCAGUUCCUCGAACUACCCAAGCUCGAUGAUGCGCUGAAGAAAUACGAAAUGGACGUCGCGAUGGAGGUUCUGCAGCGCCAGUGGUCGCGGCUGGUGGCGUCAGACCCUCUGCGAGCAUAUCUACUGGCAGCGACUCGCAAGUCCUCUUCACAAAUGCGUCAGGCGGCAUUGCGGCUACUUGAUCGGACCUUGGAAGACUACUACGUCCCCGCACUGGAGAGCUCGCCGUCAUCUAUAUAUCGCAACGCAUUAUUGUAUCAUCGAGCGUGCAAGACCACGGCUUGCGAUAUAGCGCAAGUGCUC